AUGCUAGGACAGACAGAUAAGUCCACUGUGAAAGGUUUGAUGGAUCUACUGGAAAACAAUGCGAACAGAAUGUCUGCUAAGGAGAAACUUUCUCUUGGAGCUGCUAUCUUGACUCAUGGGAUUAUAAUCUCAAAGAAUCCAACGGUAAAGAUAUCGCGAGAGAAUCUGCAAUUGUUUUUGAAUUUCGAUACUUACUCUUUGCAUCCUUGGGGGAAGAUAGGAUACGAGGUCCUAUCUGCUAGUAUACGCAUGAUGCAAGCAAAAACAUUUGCAAAAGGUCAGUAUGAAGUGCAAGGAUUCGUAUGGGCAAUCACGUUGUGGGCUUUGUCGGCUGUGCCUGCGCUAGGUACAUCUUUUGGGAGUCGAUUUGAUUCAAGCUCAUCUGCAGGCCCGUUGUGUUUACAGUGGAAAGCCACUCGGACUCCUUCUAUUUUAGAAGUUUUUUGUGUAGAGCAGAUAAACAAUAUACUCAAUAUGCUUGUGAUCUUGACCAGGAAAGUGAAGAUCAUCCAGCAAGUCUUAGGGAUUCCAGAAGAAAACGAAGCAGAUGGCAAGCGAUCAGAGGUUUCAUCGCAUAUUACACCAAGAUUCAAUCUUAUUUACCAAGACAGUUUACAAAACAGCAUAAAUAAUGACAAUGGAGGUGAUACUAGCAGACACAGAGCUGAUGACAAAGACAAUGCGGAGGGUAUUGAAGCAAAUGUAACAAAUUCUCAAUGAGAUUUAUCCGAUUUAUAAAGUGUGACGAAAAAUAAGAAACAAGCUGCAGAAGGAUACACAGAGGAAGUUGAACCAAUAUCUAAAAUGAAGAAACAUAAAGCAUAUAAGAAAUGUCAAGCAGAUGGAGUGCCAGCAAGAAGAAGCCAUAGAGGACAGGUGCCUUCGAUUCUUACACAACCACCUUACACGGGAGCAAGGAAAAGACAUCCAUUAAUUCAUCCUUUUGAGCCGGUUGAUAAGAUGCGAAUGGAGAAAAUAAAGGAAUGGAAACAGUCAAAUUUAUCCAAAGUGGAUUACCACGCUGGAGACAGCAGGAAAUGCUUUUACGAAAGCGCAUAUGGAAGCAGCUUUGGAGUUAUUGAGGAUGCAAAAGAAACAAAAUCCUCAUUUGUUUUUGAACAAAAGUGCUUCGAUGGUUGGUGAAUCGUUCUUGAAAGCAAUAGAUGAGAUUUAUGAUAUUUUUGCAGAUGACAAGGACGGGUUUCAAUUCGGGACUGAAUUCACCAGUCAUGGCAUAGAGAAAAACAUCUGCAUUAUCUACGCGCCGUUGAGGAUCAAGUAUAAAUACUGGAUUGCAUUGAUCUUUCAUCUUGAGAAGAGAUAGAUAACCGUACUGAACUGUGCAGCAUCAAAGAUUUCGGAAGAACAGGUCAAUACAUACAUUGGCGCGUAUGCACACACAAUUUCUUACAUCAUUCGCCAAAUUACCAAGGAUGACACGAUUGUUACCUCUCCAUUCAGUAUACAAAUAGAGUCAAAAGAAGUACCAUAGGUUGCUAAAAUAGCAGAGACAUGCAUUUUCGUAUUGAAAUUAAUAGAGUGCCACUCGAUGCGCAUCAAGGACUUGACGAAGCUUUCCGAAGAAAACAUCGAGGAUAUAAGAUUGAAGCUUACUGCUGAUCUCUUCUCAGAGUUAUUAGCACUGUAAUUUGACAAGUAAGGUAAAAAACAAGAGAUGGAGCAAGGAUGCACAGAGGAGCGGAAAAGAGACAUUCCCUUUCUUGUUUGAAAUCAUUAGUUUGAUUUUUUUUCUUAUUAUGCUAGACUGCAAUAUCAAAAUUUAUGGUUAAAAGAGUCCAGUGGUCAUUGCUUCAGUGUGUAAGUUUGAUGGUGUUUGGAACAUUAUGCCACUCAAACGACACAAAAAACAUUGUUGUUUAGUUAUCCAUUUUAUAAAGGUUUUUAAAUAUCCUUUUCA